UGCUCAGCCCGCUGCUCGCACCUUGGCUCUCGCUAGCAUGGACUUAACCGAGGAUAGCGCCGCGGACCUGAUCCUGUGCUGACCCGCUUCUCCCCCCCCCCCCCCCCCCGCCUCCGACGCCCUUCUGUUGUAUCUGUGACAGGUGUCGUCCAAACUGAGCAAGCAUGUCGGACAAGAUGUCCAGUUUCCUCCAUAUUGGGGACAUUUGUUCCCUGUAUGCAGAGGGUUCCACCAGUGGAUUUAUUAGCACUUUAGGGCUUGUGGAUGACCGUUGUGUGGUACAACCCGACACAGGUGACCUCAACAACCCACCUAAGAAAUUCAGAGACUGCCUUUUCAAACUGUGUCCUAUGAACAGAUACUCGGCACAGAAACAGUUCUGGAAGGCGGCAAAACCUGGAGGCAACAGCACCACUGACACACUCCUCCUGACCAAGCUCCAUCACGCUGCUGACCUGGAGAAGAAGCAGAAUGAGUCUGAAAACCGCAAACUGCUGGGAAGCAUCAUCCAGUAUGGAAAUGUCAUUCAGUUGCUGCACUUGAAAAGCAAUAAAUACUUGACGGUGAACAAGCGCCUACCCGCUCUGCUGGAGAAGAACGCCAUGAGAGUGACUCUGGACUCGGCGGGAAACGAGGGAUCCUGGUUCUACAUCCAGCCCUUCUACAAGCUCCGAUCCCUGGGAGACAGUGUGGUGAUUGGAGAUAAAGUGGUUCUUAACCCAGUGAAUGCAGGACAGCCUCUACAUGCCAGCAGCCACCAGCUUGUGGACAACCCAGGAUGCAAUGAGGUUAAUUCAGUAAAUUGCAACACGAGCUGGAAAGUUGUUCUGUUCAUGAAAUGGAGCGACAACAAGGAAACAAUUCUCAAAGGGGGUGAUGUGGUACGGUUGUUCCACGCAGAGCAGGAGAAGUUCCUCACAUGUGACGAUCAUAGGAAGAAGCAGUAUGUAUUUCUCAGAACCACCGGCCGGCAGUCUGCCACCUCUGCCACCAGCAGCAAAGCGUUGUGGGAAGUAGAGGUGGUCCACCAUGACCCGUGCAGGGGAGGUGCAGGCUACUGGAACAGCCUGUUCAGGUUUAAACACUUGGCCACAGGAUGUUAUUUAGCUGCUGAGAUGGGUGAGGUGAACCAGGACUUUGAGGAGGAGAAUGCUGAGCAGCGCUCCUCUGUGGUGGACUUUACACCCUUUAAUUUCCAGCUGGACGCAGAUAAUGAAGCGCUGCGAGGUCGGCUGCGAGCUCCACAGGAGAAGAUCAUGUACACGCUGGUGCCGGUUCCCGACGGCAUGGAUAUCUCCUCCAUCUUUGAACUGGAUCCUACCACGCUGAGAGGAGGGGACUCUAUGGUGCCCAGGAGCUCAUACGUGAGGCUAAGACACUUGUGCACCAACACCUGGGUCCACAGCACCAACAACCCUAUCGACAAAGAAGAGGAGAAACCUGUGAUGCUACAGAUCGGAACUUCAGGAGUAAAAGAAGAUAAGGAAGCUUUCGCCAUCGUACCUGUGCCGCCAGCUGAAGUGCGUGAUUUAGAUUUUGCCAACGAUGCAAGUAAAGUGUUGGCGUCUAUUGCUGGCAAACUGGAAAAGGGAACCAUUACACAAAAUGAAAGGAGGUUUGUGACGAAGCUUCUUGAAGAUCUAGUAUUCUUCGUGGUGGACAUCCCGAACAGUGGGCAGGAUGUUCUGGACAUCAUGGUCAACAAACCCAACAGAGAGAGACAGAAACUCAUGAGAGAGCAGAAUAUUCUUAAACAGAUUUUCAAGCUCCUCCAAGCCCCUUUCACAGAUAGUGGUGAUGGUCCCAUGCUCCGAUUGGAAGAACUUGGAGACCAGCGGCACGCUCCUUUUAGACAUAUUUGCAGGCUUUGCUACAGAGUCUUACGCCAUUCCCAGCAAGAUUAUAGGAAGAACCAGGAAUACAUAGCCAAACAGUUCCGCUUCAUGCAGAAGCAGAUAGGUUAUGAUGUGUUGGCAGAGGACACAAUAACGGCUCUUCUCCACAACAACCGGAAGCUGCUGGAGAAACACAUCACCGCCGCUGAGAUAGACACAUUUGUCACUCUGGUGAGGAAGAACCAGGAGCCGAGGUUUCUGGAUUACCUGUCCGAUCUCUGCGUGUCCAUGAAUAAGUCCAUCCCUGUGACCCAGGAGCUCAUCUGCAACGCCGUGCUGGACCCCACCAACGCUGACAUCCUCAUCGAGACCAAAUUGGUCCUGUCGAGAUUCGAGAUCGAGAUGACAACCAACGGGGAGAGCCCGGUGGAGGCAGAGGACGAAGAGGAGGUGUGGCUUUUUUGGAAAGACAACUGCAAGGAGAUCCGGAGCAAGAGCAUCAGGGAGUUAGCCCAGGAUGCAAAGGAGGGCCAGAAGGAGGAUCAGGAGGUGGUCAGCUACUACAGGUGUCAGCUGAACCUCUUUGCCCGCAUGUGUCUGGACCGUCAGUACCUGGCCAUCAACAAAAUCUCAGGACAGCUGGAUGUGGAUUUGAUCCUGCGCUGCAUGUCGGACGAGGACCUGCCCUACGACCUGCGGGCGUCAUUCUGCCGCCUCAUGCUGCACAUGCACGUGGACCGAGACCCUCAGGAGCAGGUCACGCCUGUGAAAUACGCUCGACUUUGGUCCGAGAUUCCUUCCAAGAUCGCAAUCGACGACUAUGACAACGAUGGAACCACCAGGGACGAGAUCAAAGAGCGUUUCUGCCUAACCAUGGAUUUUGUGGAGAACUACCUGAGAGAGGUGGUGUCGCAGAACAUUCCUUUCUCUGACAAGGAGAAAAACAAGCUCACCUUCGAGGUAGUAAACCUGGCGAGGAACCUCAUAUACUUUGGAUUCUACAACUUCAGCGACCUGCUUCGCUUGACAAUGAUCCUACUGAACAUUUUAGACUGUGUGCACGUCAGCACCAUUUACCCCAUCAACAAGAUGGAGAAGGGAGAGGAAAACAAAGCUGGCGGCAAUGUGAUGAAGUCCAUCCAUGGAGUGGGGGAGCUGAUGACCCAGGUGGUGCUGCGAGGAGGCGGCUUGUUGCCGACCACGCCAACUCAUCAGCCGGAGGGAGACGUGGUGAAGACUGAGACUGAACCUGAGAGAGAAGACAUCAUGGUCAUGGACACGAAGCUCAAGAUUAUUGAGAUUCUGCAGUUUAUUUUGAAUGUGCGGUUAGAUUAUAGAAUCUCCUGCCUGCUCUGUAUAUUCAAACGCGAGUUUGAUGAGAACAACCCACAAGGAGACAAUGCUGCCAGUCUGAUGCCAGGAAAUCUGGACUUUGAGAACAUCGAGGAACAGGCAGAGGGGAUCUUUGGAGGAAGUGAGGAGAACACUCCACUAGACCUGGAUGACCACGGUGGCCGUACCUUCCUCAGGGUCCUGCUACACCUGACCAUGCAUGACUACCCCCCUCUUGUGUCUGGAGCGCUCCACCUGCUCUUCAGACACUUCAGCCAGAGGCAGGAGGUUCUUAUGGCUUUCAAACAAGUCCAGCUGCUGGUGACCAGUCAGGAUGUAGACAACUACAAGCAGAUCAAGACAGAUCUGGACCAGCUGCGCUCUAUCGUGGAGAAGUCCGAGCUGUGGGUGUAUAAGAGGCAGGGAGAGGAUGGGAUGGACGGAGAUGGACCCUCAGAGUCUGAAAACAAAAAGAAGGAAGAUUCACUUUGUUCUGACCAAAAGAAGUCAGAAACCACCAGCAGCUACAACUACAGGGUUGUAAAAGAGAUCCUGCUGCGCCUCAGUAGGCUGUGUGUCCAGGAGGGGAGCUCGGGGAGGAAGAGUAAGAAGCAGCAGCAGAGGCUGCUGAGGAACAUGGGAGCUCACAGUGUGGUACUUGAGCUCCUGCAGAUCCCAUACGAGAAGGGCGAGGACGUCCGAAUGCAGGAGAUCAUGAAAACAGCUCAUGAGUUUCUGCAGAACUUCUGUGCAGGGAAUCAGCAGAACCAGACUCUUCUCCACAAACACAUCAACUUGUUUCUCAACCCAGGGAUUUUGGAGGCUGUGACCAUGCAGCACAUCUUCAUGAAUAACUUCCAGCUGUGCAGUGAGAUCAAUGAGCGCGUGGUUCAACACUUUGUCCACUGCACUGAGAGUCAUGGCCGUCACGUCCAGUAUCUGAAGUUCCUGCAGACCAUAGUGAAGGCCGAGAACAAGUUCAUCAAGAAGUGUCAGGACAUUGUCAUGGCUGAGCUGGUGAACUCGGGCGAGGACGUUCUGGUUUUCUACAACGACCGCGCCUCCUUUCAAACACUCAUCCAGAUGAUGCGCUCAGAGCGGGAGCGCAUGGAUGAAAACAGCCCGCUGAUGUACCACAUCCACCUGGUGGAGCUGCUGGCCGUCUGCACUGAGGGCAAGAACGUGUACACCGAGAUCAAGUGCAACUCCCUGCUGCCCCUGGAUGAUAUUGUGCGGGUGGUCACCCAUGAAGACUGCAUCCCUGAAGUUAAAAUCGCCUACAUCAACUUCCUCAACCACUGCUACGUCGACACAGAGGUGGAGAUGAAGGAGAUUUACACGUCCAACCACAUGUGGAAACUGUUUGAGAACUUCCUGGUGGACAUCUGCAGGGUGUGCAACAACACCAGCGACAGGAAGCAUGCGGACACCAUGCUGGAGCGUUAUGUCACCGAGACGGUCAUGAGCAUUGUCACAUGUUUCUUCAGCUCUCCUUUCUCCGACCAGAGCACAAGCCUGCAGACUCGUCAGCCAGUGUUUGUACAGUUGCUGCAGGGAGUUUUCAGGGUUUACCACUGUAACUGGCUGAACCCUGUCCAGAAGGCCUCAGUGGAGGCUUGCAUUAAAGUUCUCUCAGACGUGGCUAAAAGCCGAGCCAUUGCUAUCCCAGUUGAUCUGGACAGCCAGGUGAACAACCUGUUUGUCAAGUCCAAUAAUGUCGUACAGAAGACCAUCCUCAACUGGAGGCUGUCGGCCAAGAACAUGUCGAGACGAGACUCUGGCCUCACGACCUCCAAAGACUACAGAAACAUCAUAGAGAGGCUGCAGGACAUAGUGUCAGCGCUGGAGGAUCGUCUGAGGCCUCUGGUCCAAGCUGAGCUCUCGGUGCUCGUGGACGUCCUCCAUCGUCCAGAGCUCCUCUUCCCUGAAAACACAGACACCCGCAAGAAAUGUGAGAGCGGAGGAUUCAUAUCAAAACUGAUCAAACACACCAAGCAGUUGCUGGAGGAGAACGAGGAGCGUCUGUGCAUCAAAGUGCUGCAGACGCUGCGGGAGAUGAUGACAACAGACCGGGGCUACGGGGAGAAGCUGAUUGCCUUUGAUGAUGAGAUGGAUGUGGCUGAGCUGGCACCUCCGCCCGAGCCCGAAGUCCCUGCCGAGGAGCUUGAUCCAAACCAGCCUCAGAAGCAACUGGAGGAUCAGAGGAGGGGAGAAGCUCUGCGGCAGAUACUGGUGAAUCGAUACUAUGGGAAUGUCAAGCCUGGCCAGAGGAGAGAUAGCCUCACAACCUUCAGCCACGGUCCGCUCGCCUCCGGAGCACAGGGAAAAUCCCCUACAGUCGUCAGCCCCGGGGUCGGAGGUGGUGGGGACCUGAGCUUGGCGGAGGUGCAGUGCCAUCUGGACAAAGAGGGGGCGUCUGAUCUCGUCAUUGACCUAAUCAUGAACGCCACCAGUGACCGGAUCUUCCAAGAGAGCAUACUGUUAGCCAUCGCACUGCUGGAGGGUGGAAACACCGUCAUCCAGCGGUCAUUCUUCCAUCGUCUGACAGGAGACAACAAGUCAGAGAAAUUCUUUAAGGUGUUUUAUGAGCGCAUGAAACUGGCGCAGCAGGAAAUCAAAGCCACCGUAUCGGUAAACACCAGUGACCUCGGCAGCAAGAAAAAGGACGAGGAGCCGCCUGACAAAGACGUGCCAACACGCAAGAAAGUCAAAGAUGUAGCGGUGGUGGCCGUGGUGACCGAGGAGGUGAAGGAGCAGCUGGUGGAGGCGUCCGCCGUCACCAAGAAGGCCUUCACGACCUACCGCCGCGAGGCCGAAGCCGAGGAGCACCAGGCUGCUGCCGAAGGCACGCCCGUCCCGACCGUCGACAAGGGCCAGGAAGAGGGCGAGAUGAGCGUCAUCAUCACCAUCAUGCAACCCAUCCUGCGCCUCAUGCAGCUGCUUUGCGAAAACCACAACAGAGAGCUGCAGAACUUUCUGCGUAACCAGAACAACAAAAACAACUAUAACCUGGUGUGCGAGACGCUGCAGUUCCUGGACUGUAUCUGCGGCAGCACGACGGGAGGACUGGGGCUGCUGGGACUUUACAUCAACGAGAAGAACGUCGGCCUCAUCAACCAGACCGUGGAGAGCUUGACCGAGUACUGCCAAGGUCCCUGUCAUGAGAACCAGAACUGCAUCGCCACUCAUGAGUGCAACGGCAUCGACAUCAUCAUCGCUCUCAUCCUCAACGACAUCAACCCCCUCGGCAAGAAGAGGAUGGAUCUGGUGCUGGAACUCAAAAAUAAUGCUUCCAAGCUGCUUCUUGCAAUCAUGGAGAGUCGCCAUGACAGCGAGAACGCCGAGAGGAUCCUGUACAACAUGAGGCCUAAAGAGCUGGUGGAUGUGAUAAAAAAGGCCUACAUGCAGGGAGAGAUCGAGGUGGAGGAGCCACAGGAGGGCGAGGAUGGCGAGGAGGAGCACUCGGCGUCCCCACGGAACGUCGGCCAUAAUAUCUACAUCUUGGCACAUCAAUUAGCGCGUCACAACAAGGAGCUGCAGGCCAUGUUGAAGCCGGGGGGGACGUACGGAGAGGGCGACGAGGCGCUCGAGUUCUACGCCAAACACACGGCUCAGAUCGAGAUCGUGCGACUCGAUCGCACCAUGGAGCAGAUCGUCUUUCCCGUCCCGAACAUCUGCGAGUUCCUCACCCAAGAGUCCAAGCUGCGCGUCUACUACACCACUGAGCGGGACGAGCAGGGCAGUAAGAUCAAUGACUUCUUCCUGAGCGCCGAGGACCUGUUCAAUGAGAUGAACUGGCAGAAGAAGCUGCGAGGCACUCAAGAGGCCACUGGUAACACCAACACGGUUCCCUCCCAGCCCAUCUUGUACUGGUGCUCCAGGAACAUGUCUUUCUGGAGCAGCAUCUCCUUCAACCUGGCUGUGCUCAUGAACCUGCUCGUGGCUUUCUUCUACCCUCUGGAAGGCAUCCGCGGAGGAACCCUGGAGCCACAUCUGUCGGCCCUGCUGUGGAUGGCCAUGCUGGUGUCUCUGGCUAUAGUCAUCGUAUUACCUCAGCCUCACGGCAUCCGAGCACUCAUCGCCUCCACCAUCCUGCGCUUGAUCUUCUCUGUCGGCCUGGAGCCCACUUUGCUGCUGCUGGGUGGUUUCAAUUUGUGUAAUAAGGUCAUCUUCCUGAUGAGCUACGUUGGCAACCGGGGAACCUUCACACGAGGCUACAGAGCCAUGAUCAUGGAUGUGGAGUUCCUGUACCACCUCCUCUACCUGAUCAUCUGCAGCCUGGGGGUGUUCGUCCAUGUCUUCUUUUACAGCUUGCUGCUCUUCGAUCUAGUUUACCGAGAAGAGACCUUGCUGAACGUAAUAAAGAGCGUGACCCGCAACGGCCGCUCCAUUGUCCUGACAGCCGUGCUGGCCCUCAUCCUCGUCUACCUCUUCUCCAUUGUGGGCUACAUCUUCUUCAAAGACGACUUCAUUUUGGCUGUCGACAGAAUACCCAACAAAACACUGGAGCAUGGAGCCAGUAUGGUGGGAGAGUUCUUUUCUGGUGGAGCGUGUCAGAAAGAAAACAGAGAAAACUGCUCAGAGCCCAUGGUGGAUGCUCCCAUUGCCAUCCAGCCAUCAGCGGUGGUCAUCGAGGACAAGGAGAGAUCCUGUGACUCCUUACUCAUGUGCAUUGUCACAGUAUUGAGUCACGGCCUCAGGAGUGGAGGAGGUGUUGGAGACGUCCUGCGGAAGCCGUCCAAAGAGGAACCUCUUUUUGCAGCCAGAGUGAUCUACGAUCUGCUCUUCUUCUUCAUGGUCAUCAUCAUCGUCCUCAACCUCAUCUUCGGUGUCAUCAUCGACACGUUUGCUGACCUGAGGAGCGAGAAGCAGAAGAAAGAGGAGAUCCUGAAGACAACGUGUUUUAUCUGCGGUUUGGAGAGAGACAAGUUUGACAAUAAGACCGUCACCUUUGAAGAGCACAUCAAAGUGGAGCACAACAUGUGGCACUACCUGUUCUUCAUCGUCCUGGUGAAGGUCAAAGAUUCGACAGAGUACACUGGCCCGGAGAGCUAUGUGGCAGAAAUGAUGAGGGAUCACAACUUGGACUGGUUCCCACGGAUGCGGGCCAUGUCCUUGGUCAGCAGCGAUGCAGACGGGGAGCAGAAUGAGAUCCGGAACCUGCAGGAGAAGCUGGAGACCACCAUGAAGCUGGUGUCCAACCUGUCGGGCCAGUUGACGGAGCUCAAGGAGCAGAUGACAGAACAGAGGAAGCAGAAGCAGCGGAUCGGCCUCUUGGGGCACCCGCAGCACAUGAACGUCAACCCCCAGCAGCCUGCGUGAGUUCAACCGACUCGCCUCUGAAGCAGCUCGCCGUCAUGCCCGGGUCACAGCCCCUCAGAGGCUCGCCCACUGUCCUGAGGGCGAGUUUAACUUAUAACGGUAGGAAACCACUGUAACGUAUAGGUAGACAUAAGGCGAUGUGUAGCUCCGUCCCACGCACCUGUUACUACACAGAGUAACAUUCCCCCACCUCGUUCUGUUCAGUCCAGUCGCACUUUGUGCCAAAUGUUUUCUGUGUCGAAAUAAAUGGGGAUUCCUCAACACAUGGCCUUUAACUUGAAACAUGGUGGAGCAGACUGGACAGGAGGAAUUACACCCAUUUCUUUGUCCUUUUAUUUGAAUGUUUGCUAUUUAUAUUCGGUCAUAAUGAGCAGUAUUACUUAUUUUCAUGCAUUUUUGUGCAAUAUAUAAACUUAAAUAUGCAACCUCGCUGGUGUGUGGAUUUAAGUUCCAUCAGUCAUUCCUUACUUCAGCCGUGGGCCAAUCUUUUUGUUUGUACUUUACUGUCACUGGAUAAAGUAGGGAGUUGUCGGUUGUCUUUGCUUACGCAAAUAUAGAGAAAAUAUUGAAUAAGCUGGCCUUCUCAAUUUUCCUUUUUCUUUCUUGAAAAUGUGCAUACUGCUGGAGUGUCACCUGCACCCGAUAGUAAAUUGUAUGAGAGCAAUAUAUACAGAUAGUUUCUGCAGAUCCAGUGGUGUCACAUCUCUGUGCAAACUUAAUAGAUUUACUUUCUUAUUUAAUUGACAUUUAGAAUAUUGGACUUGUCUGUCAGAUACAGUGUCACUCAUGCUUUUACAAUUUGCUCAGGAGUUGCAUAUAUUUUACCUUGAUAAAACCUCAUUAGCGCCAUUUCUCACUUGUGCCUGCCGUCCCUCAUCUGAAGUCUGAUUCAUGCUUGUGCCGAGUCUCAAACUUUCAUGCUUAUGUUCACUAAUAUGUAUUAGUUGAUUUAGAAGUCUCUCUUUUAUGGGGACUACUGUGUGUACAUAAUAUUUGUUGCUUACUUUGGCUUUUGUAUAGAAAAAUGAGAUGGAGAGAAACAACUGUUGCUCAAAAUGAAUGUUAACAUGAAUAAAAAAUGUAAGAACUGUCGAUUUGUAUAUUAAAGUAGGAUUAUUUAUUAAAAUUGAUGUAAUUAUCCUUUACUCAUUGUGAUGUCUGUUUAUUAUAAGAAAGUCUCCAUAUACAGUAGACUAAUGAUGCUCUUUGUUUAAAAAUGUUUAACAGUUUAUUUAUACAACCAUUCAGUGAUCAGCGGAUCCAACAUGAGUCAUACUGGUGUUGUAGAAUUAUCAUAAGCCAGUAAAAUUGAUGGGCAUACCAUAGACCGCAUGUAAAUAUACCCAAUAGGAUAUAUAUGUAUAUCAAUGUAUAUUUGGACAAUAAUAUCAUCAGAUAUGAGCCCUUCACAGACAUAUCGGUUUCAGCAUUUAUGUUUGCCAAUAUGAAAACUUUUAUUUCACAAAAUAAACAAUGCCAAAAGA